AUGGAUGAGAAAGCAGUGGAGGUAAAAAUGGGAGAGAAGAGCCAGGCACUGGGGCUGUCUUCCUCCCUUCCUCCUCAUCCUCUCUCACUCUAUUCCAGCCGCAGCCUCAGCCCGACAGAUGGAAAAGGGACCCCGGACCCCGGCAGGGGCAUCACCAGGCGCCUCACCUUCCCCCUGCUCUCGGUCACCCUCCUGGUGUCCUUCGGCUCCUCCAUGCUCUACGGCUACAACCUGGCUGUGGUGAACUCGCCGGCAGUGCACAUAAAGGCUUUCUAUAACGCCACCUGGUCCCGGCGGUACGGGCAUGGGCUGGCCCCCAGCCCCCUCACCCUCCUCUACUCGCUGACCGUCUCCACCUUCGCCCUGGGCGGGCUGGGGGGCUCCUUGCUGGUGGGGCUGCUGGUGGCACGCUACGGCAGGAGCGGCACCCUCAGCCGCAGCACUCUGCUCGUCCUCCUGGCCGGCGGCUUCAUGGGCUUCAGCAGGGAGCUGGAGUCCCCCGAGAUGGUCAUCAUCGGCCGCUCCAUCACGGGGAUCCACGCAGGUAUCUGUCUCAGCGUGGUGCCCCUCUACCUGGGAGAAAUCGCCCCCAAGAACCUGCGGGGCUUCCUGGGCCUCAUGCCCAGCAUUUUCAUCUGCCUGGGGGUUUUCUCCGCGCAGGUGCUGGGCCUCCCGGAGCUGCUGGGCAAGGACAGGUACUGGCCCCUGUUCCUGGCAGUGGUGGUGGUCCCUGCCUCCCUCCAGCUCCUGCUGCUGCACUGCUUCCCUGAGAGCCCGCGGUACCUGCUUAUAGAGAGGAAUGACGUCUGCGGGGCCACUGAGGCGCUGCGCCGGUUCCUGGGGACGCCCGAUGUGCAGGACGCGGUGCAGGAGAUGAAGGAGGAGCAGCGGUCGCUCUCCUCUGCGCAGACGGUGUCCGUCUGGCAGCUGCUGCGGGACCGCUCCGUGCGCUGGCAAGCGCUCUCGGUGGCGGUGGUGAACGCCGGCAUGCAGCUCUCGGGGAUCGACGCCAUCUGGUUUUACACCAACACCAUCUUCGAGAACGCGGGGAUCCCCCCGUCCCAGAUCCCCUACACCACCGUGGGCACCGGCGCCGUUGAAGUUGUUGCGGGGCUGAUCGGGUGCUUCACCAUCGAGAAGCUGGGCCGGCGGCCCCUCAUCAUCAGUGGUUUCUGUGCCAUGGGCGUCUGCUUGGUGGGCAUCACCCUCUGCCUGCUGCUGCAGACCGCCCUGCCCUGGAUGCGCUACGUCGCCGUCGCCUGCGUGGUCGGCAUCAUCGCCGGCUUCUGCAUGGGACCAGCCGGCGUCCCCUUCCUGAUGACGGCCGAGCUCUUCACGCAGUCCCACCGCCCGGCCGCCUACGUCUUGGGGGGAUCCCUCAACUGGCUCUGCAACUUCACCGUCGGCUUCAUCUUCCCCUUCUUGCAGAUGUCAGCCGGAGCCUUUUGCUACCUGGUUUUCUGCGGCGUCUGCCUGCUGGUGGCCCUCUACGUCUACCUCGUCGUCCCCGAGACCAAGAACAAAACCUUCGUGGAGAUCAGCCGCACCUUCGCCACCCGCCGUGCCGUCCUCCCUGCGUGCCGCGGGGGGGAUGCUGAGGCUCCGUGGCUAUGGGGCCUUGGAGGGCAGCCUGGAGGGAUCGGGAUCGGGGUCAGGAUCGGGAUCGGGAUCAGGAUCAGAACUGGGAUCAGGAUCGGGAUCAGGAUCAGAAUUGGGAUCAGGAUUGGGACCAGGAUCCGGCCUUGCCUGACCUCCCCACACUUUGGGGUGCAGCAAAGCCCCGGGGUGCGUUCCAAAACGGGGGGCACUGGGCACAUGGGGGCAGGGACUGGUCCAGAGAGGUGCCCAGUGCCUGGUCCCAGCACCUCCAUCCUCCAGCUGCCAAAGGGACACUGGUGA